CCACCAAAUCUGACUCACGUUACAAUAAUACGCACACACUAUUAGAAUCAUUUAUACAUCCGACACGCACAGAGUAUAUUACAAAAUCAUAAAGGCCGGGUAAAUAAAAAUGGAGUCUGUUCAAAGUGAAAACGCAUGUUCGCCAGCCAAAAAGUUAAAAGUGGAUGACUGUGUGAAAGAAUACGUGCAUGACGAUAUUAAAGACUUAUCGGAGUUUAAAUUAGACAAAAUCAUUAACAACAAUACCAACAGAAAAAGUGUAUGCUUAAAAGGAACUUUUGCUUCAAAAACGGGUGAUGCCCUAGUACUUUUAGAGAAAACUGCUUUUGCAGAAGAAAGUUUACUAAAAGACAACAGUUACUUCUCCAAAGAUUGUUCUUUAGAAAAAAUAUUUCAUAAUGAUAUUUAUGGCGAUUACAGAUAUUUUCCCAAAGUGGAGCUAAAUGGGAUUAAAGCCACAAUCAUUCAUCCCGCAACCGAGAAGCAUAUUGUAAAAUUCUCAGCACAAAAAUUAUAUAUUGUUGAUGAGACUCCUAAAAUAUAUAACGAAAUUGUCCAACCAUUUUUGAUGAAAGAACAAUUUAAUUUACAGUGGGUGUUUAAUAUUUUGGAGCAUAAAUCUGAAGCAGACAGGAUUGUGUUUGAAGAUACUGAUCCAGAAACUGGUUUUGUUCUUAUACCUGAUUUAAAAUGGAGUGGUGAAUUAGAUACGUUUUACCUUUUAGCUAUUGUAAAUAAGAGGAAUAUUAAAUCACUUCGUGAUCUUACUCCAGAACACCUUCCUUUGUUAAAAAAUAUUCAAGAAAAAGCAUGUAAAAUCAUUGAAGAAAAGUAUAAAUUGGAAGCUUCGCAACUGAGGAUAUACUUACAUUAUCAGCCAUCAUUUUAUCAUUUACAUAUUCAUUUUUGCUAUCUGAGGCAUGAAGCUCCUGGUAUAUUGGCUGAAAAAGCCCAUUUACUAAGUAAUGUAAUAAGCAAUAUUGAAAUAGCACCUGAUUACUACAAGAAGGUCACAUUGCCAUUUACUGUCAGAGAGAAUGAUAACUUAUUUACAGAACUAGUAAAGGCUGGAAUUGUUAAGAAAUUUUCUUUAAACAAUGACUAACAAAACAGAUAAGAGAUUUUAUAAUUUUCUAGUUAUAGAAAUAAGACCAAAGUUGCAAAGUGUCAAUGUUUUUAUAUCUUUACAAAAGCCUUUAGUUAACCCAAUUGUAAAAUUAAAUGAAAAUAAUUUCCAAUUUUGUAUUGGUGAUGAUAUUUAUACUGUAAAUUGCAAGGACCUAAAACUUAAAACAGGAAGCUUAACUUCACUGAGGAUCGACUCAAAUUUCCUAUCGUUUCGAUGUGCCACUGAAACUACAGAACGAAAUCAAGGUUCAUUUAACCAAGAGGUGUUGCAGAAUGUUAGUGAAAGUAUGAAACCGUCGGUAUUACCACCAGUUCUCACCAAUUCAAGCUGUGUUAUGAAAUGUGGCAAUUGUGACAAGAUCAUAUCUAAAGUAAACACAAAAUUCAAUCGAGUGUUACCAUUACCUUCAGAGAAUUCAGAUCCAUCUGACUGGUUUUGCCAUGGCCAUGGCUCAACUCAAAAAGUGAAUUUAGAUCCAGGAAGUUUUGAUGCCUUCACAUCAUGUUGUUAUGUGCAUUUAAAUAAAGGUAAUUUGGUUCAUGUACGGAUUAAUAGUAAAAUGAUGGUGUGUGAUUAUUGUUUAAAUUGGUUAGGACUGAAUUUGAAUGACAAUUCAGUCAGGUUGUGGUUCAAUACUGUUAAAUUUUUACAGAAUCAAUCAGAAGUAUUUACCAACCCUAUAACUGAUGUCUUCAUAUCCAUAAAUGAAUUAUUUCGUAACGUUUUCUUUGGCACCAUGAAAGUUAUAUUUUCUUGUCAGAUAACAGAAUCUGUAAACAAUUAUAUAUUAAUAUGGAUUUUAGAGAAACAAUUGAACAUUUUCUAUGACCACUCCAAAUUGGAGAAUCAUAAUGUUGCAAAAGUUCUUUUCAAAUUCAUAGAAGGCAGUGAUCCAUUGUUGGAAAGUUGGGAAUCUGAUCAAUUGACUCAAAGCAUUCAAAUUUCAAAACCAAUGGCCAUUGCAAUUUUACAUCAUUUACAUAAAUUUAAUAAAGUGUUUCCACCGGAGUUUAGAAAUUCCAAUUCUAUGAAUGUGUCUUAUUUGUUUAUGUACAAUUAGAAAUAUAUAUUUUUAAGAAAAA